GAGAUGGAACUGCGGCCUGGAAGCAAAGCUGCCUCCCCACCACUGCCCCAUGCCGGACAUGAGGCCAGGCUCAGAGCCCCUGGGCAGCUCUCCCAAAGACGACGAAGAUCUCAACACCGUGUUGGACUUGAUCCUGGCCAUGGGCAGCGAGGAGGGCCCCUUCGCUCAGGAUUCUUUCCGUGGGGAUUACGGCACGGGCCCCAUGGAAGUUGGCCCCUUCUACGAGACAAGUCCACCGCCUGGAUGCUACAGUCCCUUGGAGCAGGGCAGCCCCCCACCCUACGGCUCGUCUGCGCUUGUGGCCGACCUGGACCCAACCUACAGCCUCCCCGGUACGGUCCAGGGGCGCUUCUUUGUGGCCUCUGGCUUUGCGGGACAGCGUUUUAUGGAGACGGUCAAGCCGGAGCCUGAGAUGGACAACUAUGGGCCGCUGGUGGGCCUGGCCCCCCAGCCCUGCCCCAAGAUCAAGCAGGAAGGCAGUCCACCCUGCAUGAUGGCUGGUUCUCCCCAGAUCCCUGGGGCAGAGACCCCUCCGUUGAGCCCUGAUGGUCUCAUAGCGGCUGAGGGCCAAGGACAGGUGCUCCUGCCAGUCGCCCAAGGCUACCAUCCUGCUUCUGGCUACGCCCACCCACAGACCCACCUUCCGUACCAGAGCGCCUCUCAGUUCGGCCUGUUUGAAGAGAGCCUGCCCUGCCAGCCCUCCGCCCCAAGGGGCAUGCUCACCCCCCCGUCCUCCCCCCUGGAGCUGCUGGAUGCUAAGCCCAAGAGGGGCCGCCGUUCCUGGCCACGAAAACGAACUGCUACGCACACCUGCACCUACACGGGCUGUGGGAAAACGUACACCAAGAGCUCCCACCUGAAGGCACACCUGCGGACACACACAGGUGAGAAGCCCUACCAUUGCAACUGGGAUGGAUGCGGCUGGAAAUUUGCUCGCUCUGAUGAACUUACACGCCAUUAUCGCAAGCACACAGGGCACCGCCCCUUCCAGUGCCACUUGUGCGACCGAGCAUUCUCUCGCUCUGACCAUCUGGCUUUGCACAUGAAGAGACACAUGUAACUGGGCUGGACAAAAAGGACUCACUAGAACUUUGGGGGACCACAUAACUGGUACUAUGUCUGUGGGAGAGAUUGAGUGGGCACCGGCUGGAGGCAGCAGCUGAGCCCAACCUGUUUCCUGAUGCCUGUUCUCCAGGACAUGGGCAACAGUGGGAGGGCUUCUAGUGUCCUGGCCCCACCGCUGGACCUUCUGAU